AGUAAUAGUAAUAGUAAUAGUAGUAGACUAAACAAUAUACAUAAUGUCCAUAAAGAAGAUAAUAAGAAUACUACUACUACUAAUACUACUCACAUUUCUCUUCCACAACGGGGAACAUUGGGAUGGCGUAAGUUGCAGGCAUUACAGCAGCAGUGUAGUAUACAAGAAGAACGUCAACGCUUUGAUAUCACAUGUGAAGAAGAACGUAAAAUGCAUCUCAUCAUUGAAGAGGAAUUUCAAGACCGACUCUUGUUAAUGACUAUUAACACUACUAAUAUUAAUAAUAAUAAUAAUAAUAUCCAAACCCCACAAAAACAACAACAACAAUCUCAACAACAAUCUCAAUCUCAACAAUUUGUAUGGCCUUCACAAACAGAGAGUUCCCCCUACAGUACGGCGGGGAACAGUAUCACUCCCCCGCAGACCACACCUAUUGCCAAAGCCGACAACAGUCAUCCCAACAACAACAACAACAACAGCCGCAGCAGCAGAAGUCCCAGUUAUUAUAUCCCACACACCCCUCCAAUGGAAAUAAAGGAAGAAACCAGCAGUGAACAGGAAUACACCGCCCUCUACACAUCUGCACAACAACAAGCUCGGGAAUAUGAGGCGAAAUCGGCACAACUGAUGGCAUACAUCCGUCAACUCUCAGAGGAAUUAUUGUCUAGUGUACCCACACCAACGACUCUCGGCUCAGAUGAUAUCUCUACAUACUCCACAGGCUCACAGAGUACAGAGGCACGACAGCAACGAUGGAGAGAGAAGAAAGAACAGAGACAUCAUCAACAGUUCUGGUGGAUGACUAUGCGGAGAUUACAUGAUGUACAGGCGAAUCGAGCACAACUGGAUCGUGAGUAUAUGGAACUCAGCAAACAUAUUCGUCAUUUACAUACAAAGAUGCAGGGAUUAUCAUACAAUGGAAAAUCACAGAGUACACUACAUUUCCCGUCAUUUAUUCUAAAUCCUGAUGGAAGGAGUGUAUCGCAGGAAAUGAUGCGAGAACAACAACAUCAAUAUCAUCAUCAACAAACACAGUAUACUCUUAAGGCUCUUAUGGCUAUGAUGUCUUCACUUUAUAAAAAGUUAAAAAACACUUCCAUCAAUGUAUUAACCAUGCCUUUAUUUUCUAAAGGAGAAUUCAUAAACUUUAUGCAUACACUGCACCACCAGCCCCAGCAGGCUUUAAAAGGACUACAAUUAACACUAUGGUUCAUGAUAGGAAGUGUAAAGAUUAUAUUGGAUGACUGUACAAAGAUAAUGAUGAAAAUACAGCGGUCUGUUCCUAUUACACAUAUGACACCAUCUAACAGUUUAUACUUCCUUCUGGGUACAAUCCUGCGAUGCUGCGACACUGCCUUCACCAACACAGUUUCUUUGUUUUAUAUGAGUAUUGGUACCUCCUGCCUUCUCUAUUCUCUGGGAACAUCCGCUAUUGGGAAUGCUUUUCAUGCUGGAUAUGAUUUUACUGCUGAGGCCACUACGACUGCCCUCAAUACCUUUUUGAUGUUUCCAUUUGGUUGUUUAUUGGAACUAUCAAAUGUUACUUCAGCGGCUACUCAUCGUAUUUUGACAGGAUCCCGCCAAACAGCGGCCUACACUUUCUAUUUCACUACUGGUGCUGGUGCCGCUGCUGCUGGGAAUAUGAAAAGGACUAUAAUUACAUCGGCUUCUCUUGGGAAGCGAGUGACAUCAGCAGCUGUUCAGAAGACUAUGAGAAUAUCUCACCAACUAACCGUCUAUCCUUUCUAUUUUACUGUUGGUGUUGGGGCAGCUGCUACUGGUAAUGUAAAACGAGUUAUUCUUAUUGCUAUUAAAGAUGUGGAUCGAGUUGCAACUGCGCUUGGUCUUGGAUGUAUGAAACGAGUUCUUAUUAUUGCUGUUAAAGAUGUGGAGCAAAUUACAUCUACUGCUCUUAACCAUAUGAAAGAGAGUAUUAAUACUGCUAUUUGUAAAGCAAAGCAAAUAACACCAGAAGCUGUUCAACACAUGAUGAGAGUAUCUCACCAACUAACCGUCUAUCCUUUCUAUUUCACUAUUGGUAUUGGGGUUAUUGCUGCUGGCGAUGUGAAAAAGGCUGUUAAUGGAAUUGUUUCAGAUGUGAAGAGUGUUACUUCAGCUGCUGCUCAUGGCACUAUGGCAGUAUCCCGUCAAAUAGCGGCCCAUCCUCUCUAUUUCACUGUUGGUGUUGGGAUUGUGGCUGCUGGGAAUGUGAAAAGGGCUGUUAAUACAGCUGUUUCUGAUGUGAAGGGAGUUUCUGUUGUUUCUUCAGUGCGGAGGAGUGCAGAUAAGGUGAGUGUGUGGUGUCGUGUGCCGUGGAGGGAAAUACAUUCACUGUGA